AUGGCUUAUACUGGUAUUGCUGCCACUCUACUUCCUAACGGUAAAACAGUGCAUAAAAUUUUUGGUUUACCAGUUCCCAUGUUUAAUGAUUCAACUUCUAAUAUCAAAGUUCAAUCUAAAGAAGCUGAAAAACUUAAAAAAACUACGGUUUUUAUUUGGGAUGAAGCUCCAAUGGCUCCAAGAUAUGCAUUAGAUAUUGCAACCAAAGUUUUGAAAGAUAUUAUGGGAAAUAAUUUACCAUUUGGUGGAAAACUCAUGAUUCUGGGUGGAGAUUUCAAACAGUUAUUACCAAUAAAAGUGAGAGGAACACGAAAUGAAAUACUGAAUCUCUUUAUAAAAUACGAGGUGUGUUCAAAAAAUGAUUACAUAGAUAUUCCUCAUCAUUGUAUACUUCCCAAAACAGUUAGCAUAAUAGAUGAUAUUUUUGGUCAACUAAUUAAAGACAAAAAAUUUGAUGAAAUGAGUAGUUGUGCAAUUUUGUCUGCUAGGAAUGAAGACGUAGAUAAGAUCAAUAGACAAAUAACGGAUUUAUUAGAUGACACAGAUCAACGCUUUUAUACUGCUAUUGAUACUAUCAUAAACAAAAAUAAUGGUGAAUUCGAUGAUGUUAUUAUGCUGGAACAUUUGAAUGCUUUAAACCCACCAUGCUUGCCACCUUACAAAUUACAUUUAAAAAAAAAAUGUAUCGUAAUGUUAAUAAGAAAUAUCAGCAUUAAUGAAGGUCUAUGCAAUGGUACAAGGUUGCAAGUAAUAGAUCUAUCAAAUCAUUUAAUAAAAUGUAAAAUUUUAACGGGUGAUAAAACAGGACAAGUAGUUUUCUUGAACCGCAUUACUUUAUAUUGCGAAAACGAAUAUCCGUUUGCUUUUAAAAGGAGACAGUUCCGAGUUAAAUUAGCAUUUGCUAUGACUAUUAACAAAGCUCAAGGGCAAACCUUCCGAAAAGUUGUCGUUGAUUUACGAAAAGAUGUUUUUAGUCAUGGGCAAUUUAUUGCAAAAGAAAGCGUUAAUAAAGAACUAGAUAUAGAAGACAUAGAUAAUGAUUUAGGAAUAGUUGACGUAAUUUUAGAUGAAAAUAACGAGGAUAGUAUAGAUAAAAGCAUAGAAGAUUAUUUAGAUUUAAAAAACCUAAACGAGAUUGAAAAGAUUUACAUCAUUAACCUCAUUAAAGAAGUACGAGAUGUUUUUUAUCUCCAUAGCGACAAGUUACCGUGA